AAUUUAAAAAAUUGAAACGUAAAAGUAAUUUAAAUUUUAAACAAAAUAUAAAAAAAGUAAAAAAUUGCACAGAUAUACCAAAUAUGAUUAUUCCAAAAAAUAUUAAUAAAAGAAAUUAUUGUGGAGAAACAAAGUUACAGGAAGCAUGCAAGAAAGGACAACAAGAAUAUGUAAAAUAUCUAUUAAAAGCAGGGGCUGACCCUAAUAUUUCUUGUUAUGCAAAUUGGACACCAUUGCAAGAAAGUGCAGAUUAUGGAUUUUAUGAAAUAACUAAAAUGUUAUUAGAAUCAGGAGCUAAUGUAAAUCAACCAGGAUAUGAAGGUAGAACUGCCUUACACGAAGCAGCUAAAAAUAAUAGUUAUAACAUGAUAUGCCUGCUUUUACAAUAUAAUGCAAAGAAAGAUAUAAUUGAUAACAAUAAAAAAAAACCUGUGUACGUUGAAAUUACAAUUUGAAUAUCUAUCUUUUUAAGUAUGAUAUUCUGUAUAAUUUUUAAUUUCUAUCUUUUAAAAAUAAAGCAUAA